AUGUCAUACGUUUGUAAGUACGGCCGACGUGACCUAUCCAUAUCUUUCACGUGUAACACAAAAUGGUACGCAAUUGCUAAAGAACAUAUGCCAGGGCAAUCGGCUGACGACCGUGUAGACCUCAUUGCGCGCGUUUGCUAUCUGAAGUUGGGAAAGCUAAUGGAUUUGAUUUCAAAGAGUCAGGUUUUUGGGGCUGUUUGCUGUCACAUGAACACUAUUGAGUGGCAGAAACGCGGCCAGCGUCACGCACAUAUAAUAAUUUGGCUGUGCGACAAGAUUGGGGGCACAGAAAUCGAUCAUCUUAUUUCUGCUGAAAUUCCUUAUCCGUCGGCUGACUCUGAAUUGUACGAAACAUUGACAACCAACAUGAUUCAUGGUCCCUGCGGGUCGCAUUGCAAUUACACCAGCUGUCCCAUCAGCGACGGCAAAUGCACCCGGCAGUACCCACGAGAUUUCGUGAGCGAAACCAUUACAGGGAGCGAUGGUUAUCCACUGUACCGUCGAAGGAGUUCCGCUGAGGGUGGAUUUACAGCCGUGGUAAAGGGCCACCAAGUGGAUAACAGAUGGGUAGCGCCAUACUCUCCGUUGCAAACAAAAGCGUUCAAUGCGCACAUCAAUGUCGAAUAUUGA